GAACUACUUAUCCUGCGCUGUAUACGUGCAUUGGCAUCAGUCGGACGUGAAGAAGGACGGCCACUGAGCGGAAAUCAUCGAGCUAGAAAAGAAAUACAAUCCAGUCGACAGAUCGCGGACGCGUUAAAAUGGCUUCUACGUGUAGCCCUCCCGCCCGAUGUCGAGCUGCACGAGAUUGUAUACACUACAGCGCCAACUCCGUGUUGCCAUGGAGCGCACACUCAGGCCCACGAUACACGCCGGGACGUGUAUGUUCUACGGCCCCGGGAGGACACGUGCACACGCAUCACUAGCGCUCUGUGCAUCAGGCGAGCGUUGGGGAUAGAGUUUGAAGAAAAUGAACCUGACUGCGAGAUCAAAGAAAUUGAACCAGAAGGCGUGGGCAGCGCCAGUACCAGCGAUAUGGCCAAUGAUAAUGAGAGCCACAGGGAGUCAGCAGAGCUACUGUCCAAAGUCGAAGUUGACAAAGCUCUGGACGAAGAAGCUGACUCGGAUGAGGAACAUAAUACACUCGAUCUGAGUGGUAGCGUUGAUAAAGCUACAAAGAAUGUAGAAGCCGCCGGAGCUGGGAAGGAUCCAAUACACAACUCAGAAGACUCCGAUAGCGAUCAACUGCCCUGCCUGUACAGUACACCCGAGACCCCGAUACAGGGUUUUAAGAUGAAAGAACACGCACACAGCAAGGCUAAACCGAAAAGAAAGCGGGCAAAACGUCGGACUUUUAUAAGAGUCCCGCCGUCAGUGGAUCAGUUCAUGGUAGGCAAUCGCCAUGAGAAGCGAGCCCGACAAGCUACCGCAACGUUUGAACAUUUCUUAGGUGAACCCUUAGAUUGGGCAGUAUUGCGAAGUUCCCCGGAAAAUUGCACACCAGAUACGGAUGCUUCAGGAGGUAAGGUACGUGCUCUACCAAAAUCAACAGAAAAAGUCGUAAAGCCCACCCCCUUUUCGGACAAUGGCCCUACUAACCUGCAAAAGGAUAAAGGUAUACUACACAAGUCACAGAACACGAUGGCUGAUCCGGUUGAUAGCCUGCCACCCUUGGGAUUCUUGGAUUUCGAUGACACAUCUCAGGGUCUGCCCCCACUGAGUGCUACAUUGUCGUCAUCAUCGCGUGAGUAUGUAGAGGCGGUGGGUUUGGGAACAGCUAAAGGCAUAACCCCCCCCCUGCACUCGAGUAAGAAAGAUGAAAGUAUAGUGCAACACGGUAGUGUUGACCGCGCGAUAAAUCACAGUAUAGCCCAAGAAGAUGCAGCUAAGAACCGUCUCAUAAACCCAGUACAAAAAAGUACACGAACACUCAGUAGUCACAGCCCUGUCCAAAAGCUUCACACGCAGCCAGAUACUGCUGCAAUCGAAAAGCCAACUUUAUGCUCGACACAAUUAGACUUCAGCGGGAGAUGCGAGUCGUCGGAAAAUGUUGAGAUACUGGCACUGCUUCAAAAUACGAAAACACAGGAUAAACACAUGCAAGGGGACCCCUAUACAACAAGCGCUUUGCCGGACAAACUACCAACUCUUCCUUUAAUUCCCCGGUGA